AUAUUUUGUGCAGAUGAAGAACACAUGGUGGCUUUGUGUUUGUGGACUGCUGACUGCAAUUUUACUUCCCAUUAGUUGGCAAAUGGUCCUGAAAGAUUCCACUAAUGAGUCAAGGUGGAAGUCUUAUGCAACAGAAAGUGCCCAUAGCUUUUCCUCCAACGUCAAGCGACAUUCUGAAGGUACUUUUACCAGUGACUUUACUCAGUAUCUGGACAAGAUGAAAGCCAAAGAUUUUGUUCACUGGCUCAUAAAUACCAAACGCUACAGCUCUACAAAAAGAUUCAUUAAAGAAAAACCCAACAUCAUACGUUUCCUGCCUAGCUUCUUUUGAUUUCCCCCCUCCCCAGAGAAUCCAGAAAUAGGAAUCACCAUAUUUUGAUGCCUGGCCUCAUCUUACAUGGGAAUCUUUACUUUUAAAAUGGUCCACCGUCACUUUUUCACCCAUCAUUGUUGCCAGAUGGCUGAGCUACGGAUGCUUCUUUAACUUGUUAUUAAUAAUGUCUAUGAUAUACAAUGUCAUAUUAAAACAAAUUGCUUUUUA